UAGUGUGGGAUUGCAAGCUGGGAAAGUAGGCAGCUGAGAGCAAAAGGAGAGGACAGCAUCCCAGAGAGAGAAGGGGCAGGGGGAGAAAAGUGGAGACUAAAACAGAGAAACAGGGUGAGGGCAAGGCAGAAUGAGAUGAUACUCAAGCAAAGGAAUGGGGAAUUAGAAAUAGAAAUAAAAGUUAGAAAAAAGGAGAGAGGGAAAAAGAUCUAUCUAUCUAUAUCUACACAGGGAGAGAGAUUCAGAGAGAGGUAUAAACAGGGGGAAAGCAGUGAAAUACAAGGCAUAGAGGGGAACAGAAACAGAGAAAGACUGAUCCAGAAUCAGAGACUCAGGGACACGAGACUGGGCUGUCUUUGGUCUUUGUUGUGAGCCAUGGAUGCAGAAGGGAAGAGUGAGCAGGGUAAACAAAAGAAGGGGCGAGUUUGCAGCAGUCUCUGGCCCGAGGGCUACGCAGCCGCUGGGACUUUGACCUCCACGGUGGACAUGAGCACUCAGCCCUACAGGAACCUCUCUGGUGUAGGAGUGGGGAGACCAAGUCUUUGCUCGCAAGGAGAACAGAGGGGUCGCCCACACUCCCGGCGCCGCCACCGCACCACCUUCAGUCCAGCGCAGUUGGAACAGCUGGAGUCAGCUUUUGCAAGGAACCAGUACCCUGACAUUUGGGCCCGAGAAGGCCUCGCCCAGGACACAGGCCUCAGCGAAGCCAGAAUCCAGGUCUGGUUCCAGAACCGCAGAGCUAAGCAGAGGAAGCAAGAGCGGUCACUGCUCCAGCCACUGGCCCAUCUGUCUCCUGCCACCUUCUCUGGUUUCUUGCCUGAGCGCCCUGCUUGUCCCUACUCCUACCCAACACCACCUCCCCCAAUGACCUGCUUCCCUCACCCCUACAACCAUGCCCUUCCCUCUCAGCCCUCCACUGGUGGUUCCUUUGCUCGACCCCACCAGUCUGAAGACUGGUACCCCACCCUGCACCCAACCCCUGCUGGUCAUCUGCCCUGCCCUCCACCCCCACCCAUGCUUCCCCUCAGCCUUGAGCCACCAAAGUCCUGGAACUAAAGUUAAACAAGUACUGAUAAGCUCCAGUCUUUCCUACUUCCAACAGGCUUUGUAAAUCUGAUCAUCAAAUAUUAGCUUUCCAGUGUUUUAUAAACAAUAAAUAAAUAAUACCUGAU